AUGGAGCAAAUGAAGAUGGCAAAAUAUCACCUUUGGAGCUGCAACAAGUUCAUUGACGGGGCAACAGAAGAAGAGAAGGUGAAUAAUUUGAAGGAGGCGAUUAAGAUGUAUGUGAUGGAUGAUGGGUGUGAGUUUGGGUUUGGGUGCAUUACACCCAAGAGGCGUAAGAGGAUGGUCAGUAGACUUGGAGAAUCCAAGAGCGUUGAUGAGUGCAAAGUCAUGAUGGGUAGACGUCUCAAUGGUGAUGGUAGUCUUCCACAUUGGUCUACUCAUGGUGAUCUUUACAUAGGACUCAAGGCAAAAGUCCCUAAUGAUGACGGUGAAGGCUGGAGGAUGAUAUUUGAGUGUUGUCCAAAGUCAGCUGCUGAUUUGUCCUCAUGA